AGCGGACAGGCGGGUGGAGGAGGAGCGGACAGGCGGGUGGAGGAGGAGCGGACAGGCCGGUGGACGUGGCGGCUCCGGCGGACUACAGCAGCGGGCAGAGGCGCCAUGAACCGGAGGAACGGCAGGCUCCGGUGCUGACCUCAGGCUGUUGGAUUGACCUUUGACCUACAGGCUCCGCCCCCUCACAGUUUCCCGAUGGCCGACCUGGACUCAGACCUGUUGUCCGGGGCCCCUCCCCUGGACGCCCUGCUGACCUCGGACCCGUCGCCCACGCUGAGCUCGCUGGCGCUGCUCUCAUGCGUGAAGUCGGAGCCGGAGGAGCUGGACCUGGACUCGACCGUGGACCUGGACUCGACUGUGGACCUGUCGUCCAUCCAGCCCCUGUCCACGGCGGAGCUGGCCCACGAGCAGAUCCGGAUGGAGAUCAGCGGUUUGGACUACAUCAAGUCCGAGCACCACGAGUUCAAGUCCCACUACGAGACCGGCUCCGUGUACGACUACAUCUCCCAGGUGUCGGACUCUCUGGACUACCUGAAGGCGGAGCAGGUGGACCUGCAGUGUUACUACGCGGAGCUCAGGUCGGAUUAUUCGGAGCCGAGUCUGGAGUCGAUCCACAUGGCGGAGCUCAGGUCGGAGCUGCACAAGCUCCGCCCCGACGCGCUUCUGCUGGACGGACUGAAGGUGGAGCCGGAGUGCAGCGCCGAGCCCGGACUCUACGAACUACAGCCCCCGAACAAGAGCCAGGGAGAGAGCAGCCGCGCCACCAAGAGCGCCACCGUCAGGAAACCGCGCAACAUGCAGGGGGAGAAGCCGUUCUCCUGCACUCAGUGCGGUAAGAACUUCAGCACGUUGGGGAACCUGAAGACUCACCAGAGGAUCCACUCGGGCGAGCGUCCGUACUGCUGCUCUCAGUGCGGGAAAAGCUUCGGUCAAGCAGGAAACCUGAAACGGCACCAGCUGAUCCACACGGGGCAGAAGCCGUACGUCUGCGCCCACUGCCCCAAAGGCUUCACCAAAGCCGACGACCUGCGCUCGCACCAGCGCCUGCACACGGGAGAGAGACCCUUCCUCUGCUCCACCUGCGGGAAGAGCUUCGGUCAGUCCAAGGAGCUGAAGGCCCAUCAGCUGAGCCACACGGGCGAGCGCCCCUUCUGCUGCGCCCACUGCGGCAAGUCCUUCACCAAGGAGACCAGCUACCGGAACCACGUGCACAUCCACACGGGCGAGCGGCCGUACGCCUGCUCGCAGUGCGGCAAGAGCUUCAGCAACGCCGCCGUGCUCAAGACCCACGAGAAGAUCCACUCCGGCGAGCGCCCCUUCGGCUGCACCCAGUGCGGCAAGAGCUUCGGGCGCCUGGGCCACCUCAAAGCCCACCAGCAGAUCCACACGGGCGAGCGGCCGUACGCCUGCCCGCAGUGCGGCAAGACUUUCAGCCAGAGCGGGCACCUGCGCGCCCACGAGCAGAUCCACAAGAGGAGCACGGCGGGCGGCGACAGCAGCUAGACUCUCCACCUGUAACCCUCCUUUAGUAUACGGACACAAGCCGCCACUCACGGGGCGGGGCCAGAGGGCGGGGCCAGAGGGCAGGGGGCGGGGCCAGAGGGCAGGGGGCAGGGGGCAGAGGUCAGGGGUCAAACUAAACCAGCAUAAACUGAACCCACUUCAGGACAAACAGGGUCUUUGUUUCAGUGUUUACAGUUUUACCGUCGAAACGGUGACGCCUCAAAAAACAGCUUUAACCAGGACGCACACUUACCUCAGAGCACCUGCAGGGGGCGCCACACACACACACACACACACAGACACACA